AUGCGUGUCCCUCUUCCCCUUGCUCUCCUUUCUAUCGUUCCGCUCGUCUCAGCCCUCGCCCCCGUCGUCAAGAAGGGCAGCUAUCUUUUCGACUCCACCACAGGCGAUCGUUUCUAUCUCAAGGGUGUUGCCUACGCCGCCAACUAUGGAUCUGGCCAGGCGACAGCAGUAGAAGAGAGUGGUAGCGUCAGCCAACUUGAUCCGCUUGCCAACGGCGAUGGCUGUACUCGCGACCUUCCCUACUUCAAGGAGCUCGAUAUCAACAUCAUCCGUGUAUACCAGGUCAACGCCAGUCUCGAUCACAGCACCUGUAUGAGCGCCCUUAACUCGGCAGGUAUCUACGUUCUUUUGGAUCUUGCCACGCCCUACGAGGCCAUCAACAGCGUCAACCCGUCAUGGAACACCGAGCUUAUGACUUCUUACGUUGAGACGAUCGAAGCAUUUGGCAGCUUUGAGAACGUCUUUGGUUUCAACAUUGGUAACGAAGUCGUGAGUCUUCUUCCUCUUCCUCCGCUGGUAAUAUCCGGUCUCAUUCUUCUACAGAUCAGCAGCCUCCCGAAUGACCAAGCAGCACCCUACAUCAAAGCUGCUGUCCGUGAUAUCAAAACGUAUCUUUCUGCUCACAACUACAGCCAGCUCGUUGGCUACACCGGCACCGACUCUCCCAACUCGCGCGUCACUCUCCCAUACUACCUCGCAUGUGACGAGGACGAAUCGGACAUCUUCGACUACUGGGGCAUCAACGUCUAUGAGUUCUGUGGUAACAGCUCUUUCACCGCUUCGGGCUAUCAGGCUCGCACAGAAGAGCUGCAAGACCUUGGCAUUCCCGCCUUCUUCUCUGAGGAUGGCUGCAUUUCCGACCCGCCCCGUACGUUCUCUGAUGUUCCCAUCAUCUUCGGCUCCGAGAUGACCGACGUAUGGUCGGGCGUCAUCAUGUACGAGUAUAUCGAGCAGUCCAACAACUACGGUCUUGUCAACAUCUCCUCCGAUGGCAGUUCUGUUGCUACUCUCACCGACUUCAACUACCUCAAAUCGCAGUACGCAACCGCGACCGGAUCCUCGCUUGCCGAGGCGUCCUACACACCCACGAUCUCGCUUCCCGUCAGCUGCCCGGCGUCCAACAGCAGCUGGCCCGUCGCCACAGCUCUGCCUCCGACUCCAAACAGCGGCGAAUGCGCAUGCGUUGCCAGUCAGUUGACCUGCAUCUCGACUUACACCGACGGUAGCUCAGACAUCGGCACGGCGCUCGGCGAGAUCUGCGGCGAAAGCUCCACGGCGUGUUCUAGCAUCGCUGGUAACGGCACCGAGGGCACGUAUGGCGACUUGUCGAUGUGCUCGCCCCUCCAACAGCUGAACAUUGCCAUGGACGUGUACUACAACCAGCAAAGUCGUGCAUCGUCCGCGUGUGCGUGGUCGUUCGCGACAACGACAUCCGUCGCUGGCGUCACCGAUACCGCUGCCGCUGCCGCGGCGACGAGCAAGUGUAUUGCACAGGACGCGUUUGUUGGCAGCACGGGCAUCCCGAGUGCGACGACGACGCUGCCGGGUGCAACAACGCAGCCGCUCGUCACGGUCACGAGCCAGUCGUCAACCGGUGCCAGCUCGAGUGGACAUAGCAGUGGCGCAGUGCCACUAUUGGGUGCGCACAUCCCCGUGGCGGCCGUCUUUGGGAGCAUGGUCGCCGGACUUGUUGGCGGCAUGGUCAUGGCACUCCUGUGA